CUCUUUGAUCGCUAUCAAAAUCCAAAUGUUUUCUCUCCUCUUCCCCUUAGAAAUCGAUAGUUUGCUUGAAUAACACCUCUAACGCACACCGCCCCCUUCCGCUUCUCCCUCUCUCUCUCUCUAAAAAAAACACCUACCACCUACUUUUUAGCCCUCUACAGAAAAACCGGCUUCUCACUUCAUUCUCUGCCUGUCGUUUUUUCUCUCUCACACACACAUAUCGAAAAAAGAAAAGAAAACAUAAACCAAAUAAAAAUAAAAAAAAACUCUCUUUUUUCCUCUCUAAAAUGGGUUUCUUGGGCACGAGUCACCUGCCAAAUCUGAAGUGACCCAUUUCAUUGUUCCUCUACCAUUACUUGAAAAGACCUUCAUCUACUCUCAUUUCAGCUCUCUCUUCUCAUCUGCUUUUGAUACGCUCUUUUAAUGCCUCCUCCGAUAAGGAGUUUCUAUUUUUUUCCCCUUUUAAAUUUUUGUUUUCAUUUUAUGCCAUUUUUUUCUGGUUAAAUCUGGCAAGACCGAGUUGAGAGUGUUGGUGGCCUUAAAGAGUUUUGCGACGGUUUGAUAACCAUAAAAGGCUGUUCUUUAGUGUGGAAGGAAACACAAGUUGGUGAUCAACAGAUUCAUUCCUGGAAGAUUUCCUGUUUUCAAAAUUUUUCCUUUUACAUGUUCUCUUUAAGCGCCGUUGUCUUUCCGAAGCAACAAUCUAGCGAUUAAUGCGGGAUACAUCCAUCCAUACUUCACAGAUAUCGUUUUAAAUCCAGAGGCUUAAAAUCUUGCUCUGCAUUUGAUUCGGUGCCCUUGAGACCAUCACUAUAGGGUCGUGGCUUUUCACAGUUUUGCAUCUGGAUGUGGCAUGACUCUGAGCUUGAAGGUUGAUUCUUGUUUGCCUCUGUCUUUCUUGUGCCAGAUCUUUUUUUGAAGGCCCCUUUUAUUUUCGUCAUGGAGGGUGAAACAUCUUGGGUAAAUAAUUGUUUUGAGAACCCGACAAGGGACAUUGGUGAGUUCGAUUCAUUUUCUGAACAUAGCGAUGAAGGAAAUAAAGAAGUUAAUGCCAUUUCAGUUGAUUUAAUCUUGCCCGAUGAUCUGCUAGAACGAAUCCUAGCCUGUCUCCCCAUUGCUAGCAUCUUCAGAGCUGGCUGUGUGUGUAAAAGAUGGCACGAGAUUGUUAGUUCAAGGAGGUUUUUAUGGAACUUCUCACCUGUCCUGCCACAAAAACCAUGGUAUUUUAUGUUUACAAGCUCUGACGAACCAGUUGGCUAUGCUUUUGAUCCUAUCCUUCGAAAAUGGUUUGGCAUUGAUCUUCCCUACAUCCAAAAGUCCAACUGGUUCAUUGCUUCAUCAUGCGGCUUGGUUUCCUUCAUGGAUAACGACAGCAGAAGCGAGUUGUAUGUCUGCAACCCUAUCACCAAACGCUGCAUGAAGCUUCAGGAGCCCCCAGGCUUAAAAGUUUAUGAUUACAGUGCACUUGCAAUUUAUGUGAACCGGAUAUCACAUGGUUAUACUAUAUCAAUUGUGAAGUCUAAGUUAUGCCCUGGAAAUUUUUUCCAAUCUGAUCUCUCUAUCCAUAUUUAUGAUUCUGAAACGAGGAUGUGGGUAACUUCUUGCACAGAGGUUAUGACUGGAUGGAGAGGUGGCGAUGAGAGUGUGAUCUGUGGUGGGGUUUUAUACUUUUUGAUAUAUUCUGCAGGAGGUGGUGCCACAGAAACCCGUCAUGGUCUCAUCAGGUACAAUCUAUCCAACAGAUCUUCCCAUGGCUUGUUGAUAAGAAGUUUCAUUAAAGUACCUUGUCCUCUUACUUGUGGCCGUCUGAUGAAUUUGAAUGAGAAGCUUGUAAUGGUGGGAGGAAUUGGUAAACAAGACCGGCCUGACAUAAUAAAGGGGAUUGGCAUCUGGGUUCUAAAUGGCAAGGACUGGCAAGAGAUUGCCCGUAUGCCCCACAAGUUCUUCCAAGGAUUUGGGGAGUUUGAUGAAGUUUUUGCUAGCAGCGGUACAAAUAAUCAUAUAUACAUCCAAAGCUACGGGGCUCCAGCGCUUCUUGUUUUUGACAUUAACCAGAAACAAUGGAAGUGGUCACAGAAAUGCCCAGUGUCAAAGAGGUUCCCACUUCAACUUUUUACUGGGUUUUGCUUUGAACCUAGGCUUGAUAUGGCACCGUAAUUCAUUGAAUUUAAGGUGGCGGUGUUGAAAAAUUUGUCUGAUAUCCCCCCAUUUCUCUUUUUGUUCUGCCUUCUUUUUCAAUCAUUAUGAAAUCUGUUUCAGAAAAGUUUUACACAAAGUGUACCUGCAAACUAAUUCUGCUAAUUCAUGAAAAUGGGGAUUAUUCUUUGCAAUGACAA